GGAUCUCAAUUUCUCGAGUCCGAUCACAGUUUCAGACAGUCGCACUAAAAUGGCGUUCCGCGUUUUCCUCCUCCUCUCUCUCACCGCUCUUCUCAUUUUCUCCGCCGUUUCUCCCUCUUUCGCCUCCUCCGACGUCGACGAUGAGGAUCUCAGCUUCCUCGAAGACCCCAAAGAAGAAUCCGAUCCCACCAAGCCACUCACAUCCACCGACUCUGAACUCGACGAGUUCAACGAAGGAGAAGAAGAAGAUCCCGAGAUGUACGAAGGCGACGACGAAGAAGAAGGAGAAGAUCUCUCCGAUCUAGGCAAUCCAGACUCAGAUCCGUUCCCGGCUCCGGACGUGGACGAGAAAGACGUCGUGGUCGUCAAAGAGCGUAACUUCACAGACGUGAUCGAGAACAACCAGUACGUUAUGGUCGAGUUCUACGCUCCCUGGUGCGGUCAUUGCCAGUCUCUUGCUCCUGAGUACGCAGCGGCCGCGACUGAGCUGAAAGGAGACGGCGUCGUUUUGGCUAAGAUCGAUGCCACGGAGGAGAACGAGCUGGCUCAUCAGUAUAGUGUUCAGGGCUUCCCGACUAUUCUCUUCUUUGUAGAUGGAGAGCACAAGCCUUACACUGGAGGCAGGACCAAAGACACAAUUGUGACGUGGGUGAAGAAGAAGAUAGGUCCUAGUGUGUAUAACUUGACGACGUUAGAUGACGCUGAGAAAGUGUUGACUUCUGGGAACAAAGUCGUCUUGGGUUACUUGAACUCUUUGGUGGGUGUUGAGCAUGAUCAACUUGCUGCUGCUUCCAAAGCUGAAGACGAUGUGAACUUCUAUCAGACAGUGAACCCUGAUGUUGCCAAGUUGUUCCAUGUUGAUCCGGAGGCUAAACGUCCUGCUCUUGUUCUAGUUAAGAGAGAAGCGGAGAAGAUUAGCCAUUUUGAUGGGGAGUUUGUUAAGUCUGAUCUAGCUAGCUUUGUGUCUGCCAACAAGCUUCCUUUGGUCUCUGUUUUCACCAGAGAGAGUGCACCGGAGAUUUUCGAGAGUGCAAUCAAGAAGCAGUUGUUGUUGUUUGUAACCCAAAAUGGAUCUGAGAAGGUUCUUCCAGAGUUUGAAGAAGCAGCAAAAUCUUUUAAAGGAAAGCUCAUCUUUGUAUCUGUGGAUCUGGAUAAUGAGGAUUAUGGGAAGCCUGUUGCUGAAUACUUUGGUGUGUCCGGAAAUGGUCCUAAACUUAUUGCCUACACAGGAAAUGAAGAUCCUAAGAAACACUUCUUCGAUGGUGAAAUCAAGUCUGAUAAAAUUAAGACAUUCGCGGAAGAGUUCUUGAGCGACAAGCUAAAGCCAUUCUAUAAGUCAGACCCUAUUCCUGAGAAGAAUGAUGGAGAUGUGAAAAUCGUGGUGGGAGAUAACUUUGAUGACAUUGUCCUGGACGAGUCUAAGGAUGUUCUUCUCGAGGUCUACGCACCAUGGUGUGGCCAUUGCCAAGCCCUUGAGCCAAUGUAUAACAAGCUUGCUAAACAUUUACGAGAAAUUGACUCUCUUGUCAUAGCCAAGAUGGAUGGAACAACCAAUGAACAUCCCAAGGCAAAGGCAGAAGGCUUUCCUACAAUUCUCUUCUUCCCUGCAGGAAACAAGACCGCAGAACCGAUAACGGUAGAUACAGACCGCACUGUGGUUGCAUUCUACAAGUUUUUGAGGAAACACGCAACCAUCCCGUUCAAACUGGAGAAACCUGCUGCAUCAACUGAAUCUCCUAAAACUGCCGAGUCCACACCAAAAGUAGAAACUACUGAGACCAAAGGAAAUCCUGAAAGCACCACAAAGAGUACCGAAAGUGAUUUGAAGGACGAGUUGUAAUCUGAACCUGAGCAAAGGAUAUGAGUUCUCCUUCCUUAAGUUAUAUUGUCUGAUCAGAAUUGUUUUUUCACGAGUUUUGGACUAGAGAAUGAUGGUGACUUUUGAGUUAUUUUAGUAUUGAGAAAGACAGUUUAAACUCUUUUGAUAUGGUUUGGCCAUAUUGUAGAACUGUAACACAAUGAAAUAAGUGACACAAUAAGAUAUAUAAAAUCUUUCCGUGUGAUCUUAAA